AUGACCCCGCCUUCCACUGCAGUAGUAGCAGCAGCAGCCGAACGCACCACCACAGCAGCCUUAUCCGCUCAACUUGAACAGUUAAACGCCAGCAUCUUAGCACACAUUGAACGCAUUCAGAAAGCACCCAAGAGCAAGGACCGUAACCAUGUGAUUGCUGCGUCGAGUCAACUAUUGAAUCAGUUACGAGAAGCUCAACUCGAGACCUUGGAUAUGCGAGCAUCUUUAUUCGCUGACAAUGCUCAAUGCCAGCUUGCUCUGGACGAUGCAGCCACCAUGAUUCACCUUGCCAGCUCUCAUCCUCUUGGGUAUUGUCGAGCAGCAGCCAUACAUAGCCUUUAUGGUCGACAAAAAGCCGCUAUUGAAAUGUAUGAACAAGGACUACGAGCCGUACCGUUAUCCAAGCAUGCAACAUUGAUGGAUGGCAAGCUUGCAGCUGAAAAGCAGCUGGCGAAGCGUGUCGACUUUGUUUCUUGUCUUCCCUUUGAUUUGGUGUCUCAUGUUGUCUCUGAACUCUUGGAUGGGGAUGAAUUACAGUUUGAUCAUCGUUAUCUCGUGAUAUCUCAAACAUGGCGUCAAAGAUUCCUGCAAUGCACAUCACUCGUAUUCCGAUUGAUUCAUCAAUGCGACCAUUCCGUUCUUUUACGCAUUCAUCAGCAACUCUUGGAUGAUGCUCCCAAUGUGGGCAAAGUCGCUGUCAGCUUUUAUUGGGAAGAGUCUGCUCCUUUAUUGAACAUUCUACGUCAAGGCAAUUUCACAUCACUCAAAGAAUUAGAGAUCACUGACUAUAUGAUCGAUGAUCCACAUUUCUUCUUCGACUCACUAAGUCAUAUCGCCAACACGCUUACUCGCCUAACCAUUGAGACGGAUACGGAGGGGGAUGUGAUGAUUCUUGAUUUACUCGAAUGCUGCACCAACCUGGAUUAUUUGCGUUAUGUUGGCGAUUGCAACCACAGCAUCUCUCAAAACAAUCACGAAUGGAGUACGCGAUAUGAUAUUACACAGCUUGUAUUGCAAGAUUUGACAGGAGGAGAAAUCGAAUAUGACUUGCUGAAUGCCAUCAUCACUCGAUGCCCUGCUCUUCAUCACUUGGAAUUGAAUGGAUGCAGCAACGUGGAUAUUUUGGACGACAUCAAGCAGCACUGCCAAAGACUUGCUUAUUUAAGUAUCAACUUUGAUCCUGAACGUGAUAUGUUGGAACGACCACACUACACCAAGCAUUGUGGCCUUCAAGUCUUGGAGAUGGGAAUCGUGCAUACUGAAUUCUACACAAAGCUCGGCACCUUUUUGGCUUCGUAUCAAGAUACCUUGUCUAUAUUGUCUGUGCAUAUCAAUUGUGAGCUUGAUCAUGUUACUGCUCCAUUAUCGGAUCGUUUACAAAUGUCCCAGCUGCAUGAGCUCAAUUGCAUUUACCUUGUGAGUACACCCGACAAGUACAUUGUUCCUUGGAUCAUACGUCAAGCACCCCAUUUACGAUCGGUGCUAUUGGUUGCAGCGGAUCCAGUCGAUAGAGCUAUCCUUGAUGCACUUUGUGAUUUGGAUUUUCUCAGCAAAUUGGAAAUGCGUGAUUGUGCCAAAGUGGACGUUGCAGGAUUACGGCACUUUUUUGAAAGACAUGGAUCAUUGGGAACGCAUUCACGUUUACGCGAAUUGAUUUUAUGCAUCCUCGGUUGCGAUUUGGAAUCGGAUCAUGCUAUUGAUUUAUUGGGACGGCUGUGCACGCUCACAAACCUAGUCUUGUUUUCUGUUCGUGGUAUUACCAUGGAUGGGUUCGAACGAUUUGCAAGUCAACUACGGUCAUGGAAACGGCUACAAUCCUUACGAUUCAAUAACAUGGAUUGUGUCAGCGAUCAUGCAUUGGAAAUCAUGGGUCAUUUAUCCAGCCUUGAGUCAUUGCAUUUGUCAUUCUUAAACAGCGUCACCAACGGAGGUAUUGUACAACUGGCAGGAUCACCAAGUUUACGCCAUUUGUGUGUAGCGCACUGUAGUAACGUAGAUGUCGAUGUUGUCGAGCUUGUCUCUCAUUGUUUGGAAACAAAGAAAAGGAAUACCACUGUAUGA